ACCAUGUCUCAAUCGGAGACUUGGUACAUACGAGAAGGAGUUGAUCAUGAUGAAGUGAUGCAGCUAUACGAAGGAUUCCCUAAUCUUUUCUCCUUUCGGAUUCAUCAUGGUGGUAGGUUAACACAUCCUCCUGGUCGCACUUAUGUUGGAGGUAGGAUUAACUACGUUGACCUAAUUGAUAUCGAUUUGUUCUCUGUCCAUGAGGUGUCCUUAAUGAUUAAUGAGUUAGGUUAUUCUGUGAAUGAUCAUAUAAUAUACCAUUACCUUAACCCUAAAAAAGAUAUGGAUAAUGGUAUUGAGGAGUUAGGCACUGACAGUGAUGUUUUAAGGUUCUCUGCACAUGUUGAAGAGCAUAAGCUAAUUGAGUUGUAUACCACGCAUGGUUAA